AUGCGGUUCUCGUCCCCAACCAUUACUCUCGCAGUGCUCUUCCGCCCCACUCUCUGUGACAUCGUCAUCCAUGAAGGCACAGGCAGUGUGAUAACAUCUAUUUCCACUCCAAUAACGUACUACUCUCCGUCCACGUUGGUUUCCUCUGUCUAUCCCAUCAGCACCGAAGCUACCGCUACUGAUUAUUAUACACCUCCUGGGUCAACUGGCUCUUACUCUUCUCUCCCAUCUUCUACGACUUAUCACACGUACUCUCGUCACGUAACAAGCGAACCAACCGUCACGUCUCCUACGACUUAUGCACUUUCCACAACUACUACUUCUUCAACACCCAGCUCCUGCAUAUCUCCAACUUUCACUUGGUCGGGACCCACAGAUUUUCCAACACCUAUAGCAGCUAGGGACAGUUACCGCAUGGGAAGACGUGAUGACCCUCCCAAGCUUACUCCACAGCAAGUCGAGGACAUGAGAAAAAUCGUUGCGUUAUGGGAUAAAGUGGAGAAAGCGAAGCCAGUAAUUGAUAGAGCGAUUGCAGCCCACGAGACCGACUGUCAAAGUUUCAAAGAUUUGAUUACAUUACAAGAGAAGUUCGAUACUAAUUUUUCUUCCAAUUAUAGCUGA